AUGAGCGCACUCGUGACGGUCGCGACGUGCAACUUGAACCAAUGGGCGCUCGACUUUGACGGGAACCUCGAGCGCAUCCUCCAUUCCAUCUACGUGGCCAAGCAACGCGGGGCGCGCUACCGCGUAGGGCCCGAGCUCGAGGUCUGUGGCUACGGCUGCGAAGACCAUUUCCUUGAACAAGACACGUUUUACCACUGCUGGCAGUCGCUUGAGACGAUUUUGCGCUCGGACGCGACCAAUGGCAUUGUGUGUGACAUUGGUAUGCCAGUGAUGCACAACGGCGUGCGCUACAACUGCCGCGUGUUCUGCCUCAACCAGCGCAUCGUCUUGAUUCGGCCCAAGCUCUUUCUGGCAGACGAUGGCAAUUACCGGGAGACGCGCUGGUUCACGACGUGGAAGGCACAUGCUGGAAAACGCACAUUGGACGGGCUCGAUCAGUUUGUACUACCUGUGAGUCUACAGCAAUACACGGGUGCUGUUCACGUCCCUUUUGGUCCAGGGGCUGUGUCGCUGCUUGACACGACGUGCGCGUCCGAGACCUGCGAGGAGCUCUUUACGCCCGGCAGUCCGCACAUCAACCUCGGUCUAGCGGGUGUCGAGAUCAUUGGCAACGGCUCCGGCUCGCACCAUCAGCUGCGGAAGCUGCAUCAGCGCAUGGAUCUGAUUCGAGGCGCUACGACUAAAAGCGGCGGCGUGUACUUGUACGCCAAUCAACAAGGGUGUGACGGUGGUCGUCUGUACUAUGACGGCUGCGCUGUCAUUGUGGUGAAUGGUCAAGUGGUAGCGCAAGGCUCACAAUUUUCGGUGAAGGAUGUCGAGGUAGUAACGGCCACAGUGGAUCUGGAUGAUGUGAGGUCGUACCGCGGCUCAGUGAGCAGUCGAAGCGAGCAAGCGAGCUCGUUAGAUACGGUGGUAGCCAAGGUGCACGUCGAUUUUAGAUUGUGCCACGAUGAGAUGUUGUUUGUCAAGCCAACUGCUGCUGUGGAAGUGCACUACCACGUGCCCGAGGAAGAGAUUGCCCUCGGACCAGCGUGUUGGAUGUGGGAUUAUCUGCGACGAAGUGGAGGUAGCGGAUUCUUCUUGCCAUUGUCAGGCGGCGCGGACUCGUCGUCUGUGGCAUGCAUUGUUGGCGUGAUGUGCCAUCUCGUAGUUGAGGCCGCCAACAAGGGUGAUGAGCGGGUUGUACAGGACGUGCAGCGGAUUAUGAGCACCUUAGGCCAAGAAUAUCAACCUUUGACGCCUGCUGAGCUCGCAUCGCACAUUCUCCACACCACGUACAUGGGAACGAAGAAUAGCUCGGCCGCCACCAAGAAACGUGCUGCAACACUUGCGAAAGAAAUUGGGUCCUACCAUCUUGACAUGGGUAUGGACAUGAUGGUGGAUGCCGUGGUCAAAACUUUUUCGGUGCUGACUGGCAAGACCCCUCAGUACCUUUCUCGCGGAGGGACCUUGCAAGAGGAUCUCGCGCUGCAAAAUAUCCAGGCGCGUCUUCGAAUGGUAAUGGCUUACCUCCUUGCCCAGCUCCUGCCGUGGGUGCGGUCCAAGACCGGCUUCCUACUUGUGCUCAGUUCCGGUAACGUAGAUGAAGCGUUGCGUGGGUACAUGACGAAGUACGACUGCAGCAGCGGUGAUUUGAACCCGAUUGGCGCAGUGUCGAAGGGUGACUUGAAGAAACUGCUUCGCUGGGCUGCUGUCAAAUACAACUACCCCGCUCUACAGACUGUCGAACAGGCGCCGCCGACUGCAGAACUUCGUCCUACCGACGAGAAUGCCGGAGAAGAUGCUGAUCAUUCUCAGCUUGACGAGGACGACAUGGGGAUGACGUAUGACGAGCUAGGCAUUUUCGGUCGAUUGCGAAAGAUUGACCGCUGCGGUCCUUACUGGAUGUUUCGCAAGCUCACGCACAUGUGGACUCUUUUGACGCCCACGGAUGUGGCAACGAAGGUCAAGCGAUUCUUCUUCUAUUACUCCAUCAACCGCCACAAGAUGACGACACUGACUCCGUCCUAUCACGCCGAGAACUACUCUCCUGAUGACAACCGUUUCGACUUGCGCCCGUUUCUAUACAACGCGCGCUGGGAUCGCCAGUUUGACUCCAUCGAUACGCUUGCUGCGAAAAUGGAAGAGAAAAGGAAGCUGUGA